AUGGAAACGGAGCAAUGUCACUUACAGCUGCGAAUGGAUUGGGUUCCCGUUGAAGUGACGUUGAUUGCAAGGGUGAGGAGAAUUAUGCCUGUUCGAGAUACAUUUGAAUUGAUUGAUUUGGAAAUAGUUGUUGAAAUUAAUGUGACGAAGUUGCAGAAAGAGUUAUCAUUGCGAAGCAGCACUCAGCCAAGUUGCGUCAGAAGAUGGGGGGGAGGAACGGUGGUGGAAAGGUCAGAGUUCAAACCGCUCACUUAG